AUAUAUCUACAUCAACGCUGCCUGUUAUUAAUACUAGCAACGACACUGCUGAUUCUACUAAGCCACCGCGUGGAAUUAAUUUUAAAGUUAUAUUUCAUCCUGGUUUACACGUGGAUUACAGUGGGAAAUAUGAGAAUAGGAAAGUGUACCGUUUAAAUGGUCAAGUAGGGCCUCAUGAAUCUCCAAUUCUAUUGACGGACCCAAGAUUGACUACCACGCAGAGGAAGCCUCGACUGAGGCAAGAGUUAAAGCAAGAACUGGAAUUAACAGAAUUUCUG